AUGAGGCUCUGUGUGUGUGGAGGUGACUGCCUGGGUGCGGGCGGCACCUUUGCUGCAGCAGCAGGAGCAGCAAGCGUUCUCUGCAGCAGCAGCAGCAACAGCAGCAGCAGCAGCAGCAGCAGCAGCAGCAGCAGCGAGUUGCUGCUGCUCCCCAGAGGUCACCUUCUUCGCCUGGGCAGCAGCUGUGCCUACAAGUCGUAUGAAGCAGCAGCAACAGCAGCAGAGCUGCUGCAGCAGCAGCAGCAGCAACAGCUGCUACCAGGUGGUGCAGCAGCAGCAGCUUUGCUGCUGCAGGUAUGUGCAGCAGCAGCAGAAACCAUCUUCCAUUAUAAACGUCGGCGUAGAGCACACCAUAACAGGAUAGCUGCGACUGGGCUGCUGCUGUCUGCUGCUGCUGCUGCUGUGCAAGCAGCAAAGCAGCAGCAGCAGCAGCAGCAGCAGCAGCAAUGUCUCCUCGCGAUUAUGCCGCUGCUGCAGCUGCUACCUUCAUCUCUUUGCAGCAACAGUGCAGCACAGCAGCAGCAGCAACAGCAGCAACAGCAACAGCAGCAACAGCAGCAGCAGCAGCAGCAACAGACUGAUGCUGCAGCAGCAGCAGUGUCGGUCAUUCGAGGAGGCAGCAGCAACUGCUGCAGCGGCAGCUGCUGCAGUGCUGCGGAGAGCAGCAGCAGCAGCAGCGACAGCAGCACCAGCAGCAAGCGCGACAGCAGCAGCAGCAGCAGCAGCAACAACAGCAGCAGCAGCAGCAGCAGCACAGCAAGCUCUCCACUGUCUGAGGAGGAGAGCGCCGCCCCCUGCUGCAGCUCAGCUGCCCCCCUCACCUGUGCAGAGUUCUACCAGCUGCAGGCAGCAGCAGCAACAAUUGCUGCUGCUGCUGCUGCUGCUGCUACUGCUACUGAUGCUGCUGCUGCUGAUGCUGCAGCAGCAGCAGCAACAACAACAGCUGCUGCAGCAAAUGAAGGCUGCAGCAGUACUGGUGUUGCUGCUGCAGCUGCUGCUGCUGCUGCUGCUGCAAUGGAGGGACCCCUGGGUUUGCUGCUGCUGCAGCACCUACCCCAACAGCAGCAGCAACAGCAGCAGCAACAGCAGCAGCAACAGCAACAACUGCAGCAGAGACAAAUUGCCUUGCAGAUGGAGCUGCUCUCCCCGUCCGCGUCUAUCUUAACAAAAGAGGCAGCAGCAGCAGCAGCAGUUUGCUGCUGGCAACCGCAGCAGCAGCAGCAGCAGCAGCAACAGCAGCAGCAGCAGCAGCAGCAGCAGCAGCAACACUGCAACCUGUGGGAGGCCCUGGCUUCGCUUGUCUUGCCGUAUGGAGCGCCUGCUGCUGCUGUUGCUGAUGAAGUGUCUGCGCACGAUUUGCUGCUGCGACGGGCACUACAAGGUACCGCCAUUUUGCUGCAGCAGCAGCUGCAGCAGCAGCAGCUGCAGCAGCAGCAGCAGCAGCAGCAGCAGCAGCAGCACGAAGGAGAACAAGAAGAGCAGGGGACUACAUUCAGCUUGGAGCUGCGCGUUGUGCUGGCAGCCUUGCGUCUCCUCACAGCAGCAGCAGCAGCAGCAGCAGCAACAGCAGCAACAGCAGCAACAGCAGCAACAGCAGCAACUGGCAGCAGCGCCUUCUCUGAAGGUGGAUGGGCAGCUGUAGGCGUCAAGGAGUUGCUGCUGCUGCUGCUGCGGCAGCAGCAGCAAAUGCAGCACCAGGAGAGUCAAUCGGCGCAGUCCCAGCAGCAGCAGCAGCAACUGCAGCAGCAGCAGCAACAGCAGCAGCAGCAGCAGCAGCAGCAGCGGGAAGCUGCUGCAGCUCUCGAUGCCGCCCUCUUGGCGGGUUUUCACAUUCUGUCUUCUGCUUCGUUGCCUGCUCCUCUUGCUGCUGAACUGCAGCGCGAGCUGCUGCAGCAGCUGCAGCAUCGUGUGCAGCAGCAGCAGCAGCAGCGACAGCAGCAGCAGCAGGUGCAGCAGCAGCAGCAGCAAGCUGUGAGAGCUUGCAUUCGCUGCGGAUGCAGCACAGACAGCAGCAAUCCCUUCUGUAUUUCCGGGGCCGCGUUAACGCUACACUGCGUGCUGCUGCUGCUGCAGCAGCAGCAACAGCAGCGGCAGCAGCAGCUGCUGCUGCAGCAGCAAGCUGAGCUGCUGCUGCCUGAAAUAUUGGGUUACGUGCUGCAGAAUGAGCCGCUGCUGCUGCUGCGAGGGAUGCCGCUGCAGCAGCUGCUGCUGCAGGGAGUGAAAGGAAAACGAGAGCAGCAGCAGCUGCUGCAGCAGCUGCUGCUGCUGCUCCCUCAGUGUAAGACAGCUGCAGCAGCAGCAACAGCAGUAGACACAAUUGCUGCUGUUGCCUGCGCCUGCUUGCUCAGCCCGGAGUUGCAGCAGCAGCAACAACAGCUGCAGCAAGAUGAGCUGCAGCAGCAGCAGCAGCAGCAACAGCAGCAGCAGCAGCAGCAACAGCAGCAGCAGCAGCAGCAACAGCAGCAGCAGCAGCAGCAACAGGUGCUGCAGCAGCACAGCAGCGGGGACGAUGUAUUCUUUUUAGUUGUUAAGAUGCUGCAGCAGCUGCUGCAGUUUGACGCUCCCCUGGUGCAGCGUGCUGCUGCUCGUGCUGCAUGUUUGCUGCCGAAUGCAUGCGCUGGUGCUGCUGCUGCUGCUGCUGCUGCUCCUGAUGGGCGGCUGCUAGAGGAGCUGCUGCAGUGCGCAGGAGCUGCAGCAGCAGCAGCAGCAGCAGACGGUUGCAGCUACGUGAGGCUUGCAGCAGCAGAAACUGCAGCAGCAGCAGCAGCAGCAUUGGCGCAGCAACCACAUCCAGCAGCAGCAGCAGCAGCAGCAGCAGCAGAAGCAGCAGAUAAUAUAUGCAGCACAGCAGAGUCUCUUCUUGCUGAUGGGGAGCCGCUGCUGCAGCGCCUUGCUGCAGCAGCUCUCACCAGGCUUCCCAGCUGCUUCGGGCUGUCUGCUGCUCCGAGGUACUUGUGCUGCAGCAUGCAGCUUGCUGCUGCUUCGCUUCAGGCUGCUGCAUGCCCUGCUGCUGCAGUGCAGCAGGCGCUGCAGCUGCACCUGCUGCUGGCAGCAGCAAGACAAGGAUCCGGUGCAGCAGCAGCAGCAGCAGCAGCAGCAGCAGCAACACAGGCAGCACAAUCUGCCUGCAGCAAAAUAACUCUGCUGCUGCGCGAUGCAUCCCGCUGCUGCAGCAGCACUACAGCAGCAGCAACUACAGCUCCAGUUGCUGCUGUGAGUGCAUGCACACAGGAAGCAGCAGCAGCAGCAGACGCAGCAGCAGCAAAGACCGCAGCAGCAGCAGCAGCAGCAGCAACAGCAGCAAUAUCUGCAGACAGUGGUGCUGGCUUGACCGCUCCUGCUCGCGGAGCCCCAGGCAGCAGCUGCUGUUGCAGCAGCGCAUGCAUGCUGCUGCAGGAGAAGCAGCAGAACGGAGGAUUGGUGCUGCUGCAGCAACGCUGGCGCAUCUCUGCUGCUGUUGCUGCUGCUGUUAAGCCUAUAGAACUACAUGCAGCUGCGAUGGCGCUUGGGGGUGCUAACGGAGGAUUGGUGCUGCUGCAGCAACGCUGGCGCAUCUCUGCUGCUGUUGCAGUUCUAUGGUGUGUGCUGCCGUCUAUGUGGCUCUGCAAGCAGCAGCAGCAGCAGCAACAGCAGCAGCAGCAGCAGGAGCUGCAGCAGCAGCAGCAGCUGGGCUCUAUGCUGCUCAGCUUGCUGCUGCCUGCUGCUGACGCCAUAGGAAAAGGAGAUUUUCAUGUUAAGGGGGCAGCUGCUGCUGCUGUCCUUGAGCUGCUGCGCUGCUGGAGAGACACAUCAGCAGCAGCAGCAGCAGCAGCAGCAGCAGCAGCAGCAGAUGCUGCUGCUGCAGCUGUUGCUGCUGCUGUUGCUGCUGCUGUUAAGCCUAUAGAACUACAUGCAGCUGCGAUGGCGCUUGGGGGUGCUGCUAAUACACCCCAUGCAGCAGCAGCAGCAGCAGAAGCAGCAGCAGAAGCAGCAGCAGCAGCAGCACAGCAGCACCUGCUGCUGCUGCAGCAAGCCCUCUCCGAAUCCUUACAGUUUCCCGUCAACCCUGAAGCAGAGGAGUUUUCCUGUUUGUGUCAGCUGGCGGCCCAACUCAAAGAAACUGCUGAUUGUAUGCAUGCACCUGCUGCUGCUGUUGCUGCUGCUGCUGUUGCUGCUGUUGCUGCUUCUGUUGCUGCUAAUUCUGCUGUUGCUGCUAAUGCUGCGCUUGCUGCUGCUGUUACUUCGGAGGCUGCUGCUGUUGUUGCUGCUGCUGGUGCUGCUGCUUGUCAUGAAUCUGCUGCUGCUUGA